AUGAGAUCCGUGCCCUCUCGACUGCCCAUCAUUCGCAUUGCGAAAGGCACUUUUUACCGACAACAUCCAAAUUCUCAGUCGUCCCAUGCCAAUCCCUCCUUGUUCAACGAAUUAUCCUUUGACCUACCUUCUGCUUCCCUCCAGCCACACAAUUGGUGUGUUGUCGGGCCGUCACUCUCUGGAAAGACGACCUUUCUUCAAAUCCUCCGAGGGAGACUGCUCUGCGAACCGCCUACCGCCCGGUCGUACCCGUACCUAUCUGGAGAAGAUGUGUCUUCUCGGCUGAGAAGCCCACAGAAGGCUAUUCGAUAUGUUGGAUUCGAUGCAGAAGCUACGGGGGGAGGAUUGGGCGGCAGUGUGACUACGUCGGCAUAUUUGUCCGCUCGAUACGAGUCCAGGAGGGAGAUUACUGAUUUCUCGUUGAGAGACUUUUUACUGGGGAAUACGGAGUUGAAUCCGCUCAAGGCACCGCUGGGGGGAGACGAUGAUGGCGGUAUAUCUACGGAGUUGCUGAACAGGGUGGUGAAGGAUUUAAGGCUGGAUCAUUUGCUGGAUCUGCCUGUGACGUUUUUGAGCAACGGACAGGGCAGACGAGCAAGAAUUGCUCGAGCGUUGCUCACCAGACCUGAGGUUUUACUGCUGGAUGAGCCGUUUAUGGGCCUCGAUCCGCCUACGGUGUCGGGGUUGAGCCCACUGUUGCAGUCGCUUGCAGAGAAGGCGAGUCCGAGGCUGGUGAUGAGCGCGCGACCGCAGGAUCCAUUGCCGGAGUGGAUCACGCAUUUGAUUUACUUGAGGAGUGAUUGCCAGGUUGGGUCAAUGGGACCAAAGGAGGUGGUGUUGGAUGGACUGAGGAAGUAUGUCCAGGGGGUGAAGCUCGGCGGACUGUUGGAGGAUGACAAGCUUCCGAUCCAUACGCUCUCUGAAGUUGGGCGAGUCUUGGGAUCCAACGUGCGUUCUGCUUCAGAAACGAGUGGAAGUGAGAACAAUGAGCACGCAUUGAAUCCCGUGAACCCUGACGCAGAGCCACUCGUUGAAAUGGACGGCUGCCGCGUACAAUACGGUGACAAGGUUGCUCUGGGAAACUGGACACAACAAACACCACAAGGUCCCAAGGACGGUCUCAUCUGGACGGUUAGAAGAGGCGAGCGCUGGGGCGUCUUUGGGCCCAACGGCUCUGGCAAAACGACCAUCGUGUCACUCCUCGGAUCUGACCACCCACAAACAUACUCCAUGCCCAUCAAGCUCUUUGGCCGCAGUCGUCUCCCAGAGCCUGGAUCGGGCAUGAAGCCGCUCACCUUCUGGGAUAUCCAAUCCCGCAUCGGACACUCCAGCCCCGAAGUCCACCAACACAUGCCCCGAAGCCACACGAUCCGCAAGGUCAUCGAGAACGCAUGGUCCGCUACGUUCGGCACGCCGCCAAAACUCGAUGCCAACGCCAGGCAAAAAGUUGACGCCGCACUGCGUUGGUUCGCACCCGAACUGCGACCGAAUUCUGCUUCACACGCACAAGAUGAGGAUCUGUCAUGGGCGGAUGAGUACAUGUUUGGCGAGAUAUCCUUUUCGGCGCAACGCGUCGCACUAUUCAUACGAUCCAUGAUUAAAGGGCCCGAUGUGGUCGUUUUGGACGAGGCGUUCAGCGGGAUGGACGACGCAGUCCGCGAUAAGUGCGCUUUGUUCUUGACGGACGGGGAGAGCAAGACAUAUGUCUCAGGCGAUGUUGUCGAGAGUGAGAUUGCAAAGAAGGGGAAUGUUGUUAUCGAGGGGUUGACGGAGCGGCAGGCGCUGAUUUGUAUUGCCCAUGUGAAGGAGGAGGUGCCGGAUUGUGUGCGGGAGUGGAUGUGUUUGCCGGAGGCGAAUACCGGUCGCAGAGCGAGGUUUGGGAGGUUAGAUGGGCCGUUGGGACACGAUGAGCGACGAUGGUUCGAUGUGUGGGGAUUUGCGUGA